UUUAUUUUUUAGCAAACACGUGACUGGUACUUCCUUUUAAGUUUAGUUUCACUGAAGUAUUUCCUUCUCGUCAAAAGACACUUUACGUAAAAUUCGUUCAAUGCAUUCUUGCGAAUUUUUUUUUGAAAUUUGAACAACCCACCGUCAGCAAUCAUUUCUGGAAGUCAUGGCGUCUCGUCAAACUUAUAAAAAUGACAAUAAAAGUCUUAGAAAACAAAAGCGAGCACAACAUAGGCUCGUACGAGAUUUGAAUAUUAAGGCAUCGGAUUUGCCAACUCGGUUCCUUAUGGUUUGCAAUGCUGGACUGGUUACAGGAUUCAAAAGAGAAACUCUGGAAGAUAUCGUUGCUGAUAUAUUGCCUGUCUGCAAGCUGUCCGAAUGCAGUUUUGUCAUGCCUCCAGGAAAAUCUUACUGUUUCCUUGAUAUGGCUACUACACAGAAUUCAAAGAUUGUUUAUGAGAAAGUUCAUGGGUGUAUGAAACUUCCUGGAAAGACAACACCAUUCUAUUUGUCUUACGUAGAAUCUGUUCCUACAAUAGAGGAUGAUUAUAUGAAUGCUGCGUUACCUCCAGGACUAAAACUGAUAGAGGAAUUUGUUAGCGAGGAAGAAGAGGCAUCUCUUCUUAAUUCCUUAAAUUGGAACCAUAAUGACAAAACGUCCUCAGAAUUAAAGCUACGUCAAGUUCAGCACUUUGGAUUUGAAUUUCAGUAUAAUACAAAUCUUGUCGAUCCUGAGCAGCCUAUAGAAGCUAUUCCAAAGAGUUAUAAUUAUCUACAAAAACGAUUUGAAGAGCAUAAUUGUGGUCACUAUAAAUAUGAUCAAUUAACAGUCAACAAAUAUAUGCCUGGACAAGGAAUUCCGACACAUAUUGAUACUCAUAGUCCCUUUGAAGAUACAAUUCUCUCCUUAUCACUGGGAUCAGCCUGUGUUAUGAAUUUCAAAAAUGGCGAUAAAAAAACUACAGUAUUCCUUCCACCACGUUCCCUCUUAAUAAUGAGCGGCGAGGCACGUUAUGUCUGGUCCCAUGGAAUCUGUCGAAGACACAAUGAUGUAAUUAAGACAGAAAAUGGCAUCACCAUAAGACCAAGAACUACUCGGACGUCGUUCACAUUCAGAAAAGUUCGCAGAGGCGAUUGUCAAUGUGUCUUUCCAGAGUUUUGUGACUCGAAGCGCAAGAACGGUGCACAAAAAAUUAACGAAAAUAUAGCACCCAGUCUCGAAGAAUGCUACGUUCAUCAGGUUUAUGAAGAGAUAUCAGAUCACUUUAGUGAAACUAGACAUAAACAAUGGCCUAAUGUCAGUAAGUUUCUAGAUACAAUAGAAAAAGGAGGUUUAUUACUGGACGUAGGUUGCGGAAAUGGAAAGUACUUGGCUGGACGACCAGAUAUAAUUAAAGUUGGCUGCGACAGGAGCAAUUGUCUACUGGAAGUGUGCAGGAUGCGAAGCUUUGAAGUGUACUUAUCAGACUGUCUCUACCUUCCAUGUAAAGAUAAUUUAGUAGAUGCUGCUUUGAGUAUCGCUGUUAUUCAUCAUCUGUCAACGGAGUCAAGAAGGAAAAGGGCAAUUGAGGAACUGGUUAGAAUUCUACGACCUGGUGGCCGCUGUCUCAUUUACGUUUGGGCUAAAGAACAGAGGAGACAAUCUGUUCCGUCAACGUAUUUAAAAUUUUCUACCAGUCGCGACAAGAAUAUAGAGACAACAAAGUGCCACAAAGAGACAGCUCAUGGAGUUAUAUUACCAAUACAUGAGAACCGAACGGAAUUCGUUCAUGGAGAUGUUUUGGUACCUUGGAAGAGGAAAGAUGGUGGAAAUUUUUUGAGAUUUUAUCACGUCUUUCAAGAAGGAGAAUUAGUUGAGCUUUGUCAAAGUAUUGCUGAUGCUAAAGUAUGUGAUGUUUAUUAUGAUCAGGGAAAUUGGUGUGUAAUUUUAGAGAAGAUUUAGAUUAUUUAUAAUAAAUGAAGUAAAUUCCA